GAAAAAAAUCCUUGUCAAUCUUGUACGGGACUUGAUUCUGUCAGAUCGCUCGUUUUUUUUCCUGUCUCGACCAUUUCUCAGAACCUGUCCAACAAUAUGAACACAGAUAGCAUUGAUGGGCGUCUACUAUUCGCGAUCCCGAAAAAAGGGAGGCUCUAUGAUAAAUGUCUCUCUAUAUUGGCCGGCGCCGACAUACAGUUUCGGAGAAACGAUCGACUCGAUGUCUGUCUAGUGAAGAACCACCCGAUUGCACUUGUCUUUCUUCCCGCAGCGGACAUUCCCUCCUUCGUCGGACAAGGCAAUGUCGAUCUCGGUAUAACAGGCCACGACGUCAUCCUCGAGGCCAAGAUGCAAGAACACGUCACCCAAGUUCUCCACCUCGGAUUCGGCAAAUGCAAACUUCAAGUCCAGGUUCCCGAAGCGGGGCCCAUCAAACACGUGCAGGACCUCGCGGGAAAACGUGUCGUGACGAGUUUCGAAGUUCUCGCAGGUGAGUAUUUCGGGAAGCUGGAUGCGGACCUUGGGCUCGACGGGGAGAAGCAGACUCACAUAGAGUAUGUGGGUGGGAGCGUAGAGGCUGCGUGUGCCCUGGGUCUGGCGGACGGAAUCGUUGAUCUCGUGGAAUCCGGAGAUACAAUGCGUGCGGCAGGCUUGCACGCAAUUGCAACUGUUCUCGAUACAGAAGCCGUCCUCAUCAAGUCGACCGUUCCUAAACAUCCUGCUCUUGAUCCUCUCAUUUCCCAAAUCACGAGUCGGAUUGCAGGAGUCGUCGCAGCGAGCAAAUACGCCAUUUGCCAAUAUAAUAUAAGCAGGGAUAAAGUGCCCGAAGCUGUCGCUAUUACCCCCGGGCGACGAGCUGCCACUAUCGCACCUCUGGAAGAAGAGGGUUGGGUAGAAGUGAGCAGUAUGGUCGAGAAGAAGAAGAUAGCCGAUAUCAUGGACGAGUUGAUGAAGAUCGGUGCAGAAGAUAUAUUGAUUUUCGGCCUGGACAAUUGUAGAGUCUGAUUCGUCGAGCAUUUACUAGAUUUCAGCCUAACAUUCAUAGUAUUAAGCUAUACUUAGAACGCGGUUAUAGAAUUAAAGAGUGAACAAAGAAACAAGUAGAC